AUGAUGCACGCAGGUUAUUUGUGGAGGAUGACACCACACGCGUGUGCUGAGUGUCAGAGUUAAGGAAGGCAGAGUUAAGCACACUUCCAAAUGCCCUUCACUGAACUGACAGUGCAUUGCCACUCACCUGUUAUUGUUGAGAAAUAAAUCAUUCCUGAUUUUACUUUUUGCCAAAAAUCCUAACUCCUGUGUUGUUGUUUUCAGUGCAAAAUGGUUCGCUGCAUCAGAAGGAGACUGUCCACGACAAUGACUUUGAGCCGUACCUCACUGGCCAAUCAACCCAGGUGCGUGACUGGCCGCAGGUGAUAAUGCUGACCAGUCUUUCAUGGGAUAAUGUUAAAAUUUUCUUAUUAUUCAAUAUCUGCACAGUCUUUAAUGAAUUUACAUGGCAGGGGGUGGCAGUUGUUGUGUUGAAGCUGCAGUUGGAUGAGAGUUACUCUCCAUUUGUAUCAAACUGAUUUUAAGUGAUAGGUUGGUCUUUUAUUAAAGAUCUUUAUAUCAAGGUUUCAGAUUUUCCCAACAUAGGCUAGGUCCCUCAAAUUCAAAUCUGGGACUCAAAACCAGUUCCACUGCUUUUCCCCCACCAUUCUUCCCUCUAAUUAGGGACUGAUUCAGACCUGGGACACCAGGUGGGUGCAAUUAUUAUCAGCUGUACUCAGGACCUCGUAGGGUAAGAUUUGAAUACGCCUGGGCUAGGCCUGGGCCUACAUUUAUUGGUUUUCAGUGAAGCAAAAUUCUAGGUGGAUGUUUCCAGUAGAAGAAAACUCAGGGUCAGUUAUUGCAUUUUAAGAUUGAAGUGUCUUGAAUGCCUUAGAAAGAUAGAAUUUCUCUAUGCCCAAAUGACACUGACAUUAUUUCCUCACAUGAAUCUAUAAGGAUUGUAACCAAGCUAUUCACUUAGUAGAGGGCAAGACAGUUGAUAUGCAGAUGAUGAUAGCGUUUGACUUUUUUUAUUUUUAGUUGCUAAAUGUGGCCUAAAUGUCUACCCUCUAUUCUCAAUUAGAUUUUUCCAUUUAAAAUGGAUGCCAGAAAGGUCUCAUGACCUUGUCUCAGUUGAAGGGCGAUUGAACGUUUCCAGUGAGGGUACAUAUUAACCGUUUCAUUUUGCUCCUCUCACAGAACAAAUCUGCCUUUGCAAAAUGAAAUAUAAACCAGAGAUGUUUGGUAUUACUUUCUCAUCAGGGCCAUUAUUUUAACCCCACAGUUUUGGCCUUGUGGGCCCAUAUUCUUCCCAUUUACUAGCUGAGUGUUUUGUGAUCAACUGUUUAUUAGUGUUGCAUAAUGUGACGCAAACGCCAAAAGAUAAAUGAAACAACUCUUUACAUAACGGGUGUAGAUCAUUGAUGUCCGUGUUCUACCUCCACAGAACAGCAGCUACCAGUCCAUGACCGACCCCUACCUGUCCAACUACUACGCCCCCUCCAUCGGCUUCCCCUACCCCCUCAGUGAGGCCCCCUGGUCCACCGGUGGAGACCCCCCAAUCCCUUACCUCACCCCCUACGGACCCUUGAGCAAUGGAGACCACCACUUCAUGCCCGACACCGUGUUUGGCCAGCCUGGAGGGCUUGGCAGCAGCAUCUACCCCCACCGUUUUAACUUUUUUCCUGAGAACCCGACCUUCUCCGCCUGGGGCACCAGUGGCACCCAGGGCCAGCAGACUCAGAGCUCAGCCUACGGUGGCAGCUAUAGCUACCCUCCCAGCUCCCUGGGGGGCACACUGGUGCCUGAAGGCCAGACAGGCUUCCAUAGCGACACCCUCAACAAGGCCCCUGGCAUGAACAGCCUGGAGCAGGGCAUGGUGGGCCUGAAGAUUGGUGGUGACCUCACAGGCCAGGGGUCAGUGGUCAAGACUGUGGGCUCCGUGAUUGGCGGACCGCCGGUGGUGGCACAGGGGAACGGGGGUACGCCCAUCAGUAUGCCCCCGCCCAAGCCCGCCUCCUGGGCGGCCAUAGCUAGUAAGCCGGCCAAGCCCCAGCAGCUGAAGACCAAGGUGAAACCAGGCAUGCCCAGCCCUGGGGGAGCCCUGCCCCCUCCGCCCAUCAAACACAACAUGGACAUUGGCACUUGGGACAACAAGGGGCCUGUGAAUAAAGUGGCCCAAGCCCCCAUGCAGCAGCAGCAGGCUAUGAGCAUGCCCCAUGGCCACCACAUGCAGCCCCAGAACCCAAUGCAGCAGCAGAUGCAGCCCAUGGCCUUACAGCACCAGCCCCCCCACCACCAUCACCACCAGCACCCUCCUCAACCCUACCAGAACCAGACCCAACCCCCACCUCCCCAGACUCGCUGGGUCGCCCCGCGCAACCGUAACCUUGGAUACGGGCAGGGAGGGGCCGGCAUGGACGGUAGCAGCAUGAUUGGCAUAGUCGGCGGGGGUAACGGCGGUCCCCCCGGUUCUGCUGUUAUGGUCCCUUGUGGAGCGGAGAACCACCCGGUGUUGGAGAAGCUGUGUGCUGCCCACAGCUACAACCCCAAGGAGUUUGAGUGGAACCUGAAGAACGGCCGCGUGUUCAUCAUCAAGAGCUACUCUGAGGACGACAUCCACCGCUCCAUCAAGUACUCCAUCUGGUGCAGCACCGAGCACGGCAACAAGCGCCUGGAUGGGGCCUUCCGCAGCCUCAACGGCAAAGGACCCGUCUACCUGCUAUUCAGCGUCAACGGCAGCGGCCACUUCUGCGGCGUGGCCGAGAUGCGCUCAUCCGUGGACUACGGCACCAGCGCCGGCGUGUGGGCGCAGGACAAGUGGAAGGGCAAGUUUGACGUGGACUGGCUGUUUGUAAAGGACGUGCCCAACAGCCAGCUGCGCCACAUCCGCUUGGAGAACAACGACAACAAGCCUGUGACCAACUCCCGGGACACUCAGGAGGUCCCUCUGGAGAAGGCCAAGCAGGUGAUGAAGAUCAUAGUGGGCUUCAAGCACACCACCUCCAUCUUCGACGACUUCUCCCACUAUGAGAAGAGGCAGGAGGAAGAGGAGGAGGUACGCAAGGUGGGUUAG